AUGGAGUUUGCCCUAAACAAGAGCACUGACGGGGACAUAACUCUGAAACCUGUCUACACCAGCCCAACAGUUGUGAGCUUAUUGAGCGACCCUGUGUGGCAGCUGGUCGACUUUGUCAUGUCUGCCCCGGUACUUGGGAUCUUGAGUUCCUUUGGUAUCGGUGCUAAUAUUAUUAACAUCAUGGUGUUUUUAAAACAGGACUUGAGUAAAACAGUCAACGUAAAUUUCUUGGCUCUCUGUGUCGCUGACCUAGGAUCUAGCGUCUUCAUGUUCUGGGAAAGUGUUUUGUACAAUCCUUAUCUUCAAAAGUCUGGCAUUCCCAUAGGUCUAGAAGAUUUGGUGUACCUUACAGCAGCUUUACCUAGCGCAGUUUUCUCCCGAAUCUCCACCCUAAUCCACGUGUACAUAACACUAGAGCGGUGCCUGUGUAUUGCCAUGCCUCUAAAGAUCAAAGAAAUCUUCACACCGAACCAAUCAAUAACCACCAUGGCUGGGAUUUAUCUAUUAUCGACUCUCAGCAUUUUACCAAUGUACCUGUCAGGUUACCUGGAGCUGUCAAUCAACCCAACAACCAACACAACCGUCUACAAAUCUUCCUGA